AUGGACUACAAGGAGGACCUCGACAAGUCCGGUGGUGCGACCGCCAAGAUCCACAAGAUCAGGAUCACCCUCACCUCGAGGAACGUCAAGCCCCUUGAGAAGUUCUGCGCCGACCUCAUCAGCCGCGCCAAGGACCGUGACCUCCGCGUCAAGGGCCCCGUCCGUCUCCCCACCAAGGUCCUCAAGCACACCACCAGGAAGACACCCUGUGGUGAAGGUUCCAAGACCUGGGACCGGUACGAGAUGCGCAUCCACAAGCGUCUGAUCGACCUUAACUCUUCCGCCGACGUUGUCAAGCAGAUCACCUCGAUCUCGCUUGAGCCCGGAGUGGAGGUUGAGGUUACCAUCGCUGCUAUCUCGCUGGGAUAG